AUGACAAAAGAGAGGUUGCUGCGCUUGCUGCUGCUGCACGAUCGAUUAGAGACGUUGGAAGAAUGGGACUCCAUAUUUCGUGAUGAUAAAGAGAAAAAUGAUGUGGUAGAUGCAGUGACGAAAGAUGAAGAGCAGAAGAGGAGCCGUUGUCCAGCAAUGAUCAUUGCGAUGGACGAGGUCGUACCGUAUCUACCCGAUUAUAGUCCCGUAUCCGCCAAAUUAAAGGCAUUGAUGCGGUACAGCGAGUCCACAUACUUCAUACAAGUGAAUCGACUUGUGCAGGGAUGGCUACAGCAGGUACAUAGUAUUCGUUUUCGAACAUGGCUACUCUAUGACUGGCUCAAAUGUAGCCAUCUGACGAUAUCAAUGGAUCCAGUAAUGCUAUUGCAAUGGAGACACGUGCUAUGGAUAGCGACGAUAAACGAGACGGUCAAGUCAUUGAAGAGGACCUUGUUACCGUUUCUAAGUUUAAUAAACGAGACAAUUGAGGCUCAUUCCAAAUGCAACAAGGUGAUUAUUGCAUCAGAGCCGGUCUUGCAGUCGAUUGAGACCGUUGAGAAGUUGCUGGACUUUUGCUUCUUGCACGCCGAGCAGCUUGCAAGUUACAGUCUUCUCUGCGCUGCAAAGAUGCACGCGUUGGCCAUGAGGACCGAGAGGAGUACGAUAAAAUUGUCGCAGGAGGAGGAGGUGCUGGUGAGGUUGCGCUGGUCAUUGAUGCUGAAGCCAAUGCUGUUCAAACCUCUGCUACAGCACGCAAUCGCAUUCAAGACUGUUGCAGAGACAAUCACAACUGGCCCCUUGUGGGCAAGCACUUUAUUGAGCGAUCUUGUGGGUUUAGUGGAUGUCACUAGUCGAGAAAGGAUCUUGAGAGAGAUGGCUGCGACCAGAGACGAGUUGGAACGUGCAUUCACUCGCAAUGCCGAGCACAUUCACGGCGUUACGUCAAAAAUAACACAUCUAUCUAUCCAUGCUGUUCGUGUGGAAACAUACGUCCAGUCACUCUCCGACAAAGAAAAGCAGUUGCUGCUCGCCGAGCUGGAGCGAGAUUUGGAUGAAGCACCACCUCACUUGUUCCCGCACGCCUUCAUCUUCCUAGCAUUGAUUCUCCGUGCAACACUUUCGUCUACAGCUCGAGAACUACAGAGCGUGGCGACAGAAGCAAUUGUCAUCCUUUUCGCACUAUUUGAGCGGCGAACCCACGACGUUGAUAGCUGUGUAGACGUUCUGAGUCUACUGCUUGAACUAUCACUAGCUCACAACUCCAUCUGGCUCAAGAAUUCUCGACUUUACAUUCAAAUGAUCGAGUUGCUGUCUGAGAUUACGACACUUCAAGUCGACCACAAGCUCAAGUGGAUUACCAAGAUGGCUUUACAUCAACUGGUCUUUGAAUGUGACAUCCAGCUGCUUCUACACCAUCAGUCAACUCUUUUACAACUGCUACCUCCGUGCAUAAGGCGUCUCGUAAGUGAUUAA